AUGAGCAGAAAUAACCGGUUACCGGACCCCGUCUCCCCGGAGAAAGAAAUACUCUGUUUAAUUCCACUCUGGGAUAUGAUCAAUCACCGCACUGGCAAGGCAACAACAGACGUCAACGUUGAAACGAAAACGAUUGAAUUCUAUGCGAUGGAGGAUUGUCUGCCGUCAUCUGAGGUAAUUUUUAUUACCGGCGACAUCCAAACGGAUUCCUUUUCCCUCUUCUGUGGUUGCGAUGCCAACAAAGUCUAUGAGCUCUUGACGCUUGUCCCAAAAUUAACCAUAGAUGAAGAUAUUAUCGUUUUUCGCUCUUAA